AUGCCUGAGAAAGCUGAGGUUCAAGCGCAAAGCAAAAUAUUACGUGAAUGCAAAGUCAUCGCGGCGCGAACUCAGCUAUCGGUUACCCGCAUCACAGGUGACAUAGAGGACGAGGAAUACGUAGAGCUCGCCUCCAUGCUUCCCAUGUCAUCAGAGGAGACAUUGCUAGCCGUAGAGACGAAACUCUGUACAAAGGCCAGUAGUGAUGCAUUGAUGCGGCUGUUAGUUAAGUCAAAAGGUGUAAAAGGCAGUGUAGACAGAGUUCUGUGUGCGCUGCUGCACGAUAACUUGGGGGCCGGCUAUAAUUUGGAGGGACGCAAAGAAAAAGAAUCGACUUGGUUUUCGAUGUAUUUGGGGAGAACACGAAGGAGCAGACCCUUAAUGAAAUUUGGCGUUAUGUAGCACUUAGUCACAAUAGGUUUAAGCAAAAAAAAG